AUGGAGCCAAGAAUCAAGCUGUCCAAGGAAAGCUCAACCCCACCUGUUGAUGCAACAAUGUACAAGAGAUUGGUAGGCAGCCUCAGGUAUUUGGUCAACACUCGGCCUGAUCUUGCUUUUUCAGUGGGAUAUGUCAGCAGAUUCAUGGAGGAGCCCCAUGAGGAUCAUCUUGCAGCAGUGAAGCACAUUCUGAGAUACAUUGCUGGGACAAGAGAUUUGGGGCUGUUUUAUGCCAGGAAGAAAAAUCAGCAGCCUGCAUUGCUAGGGUUCAGGGAUAGUGAUCUGGCAGGAGAUGUGGAUAGUAGAAAGAGUACUACUGGGGUUCUGUUAUUUUUGGGUGAUAGUGCAAUCAGUUGGCAAUCUACUAAGCAAAAUUUAGUAGCAUUAUCAAGUUGUGAGGCCGAGUACAUUGCUGCUGCUACAGCUGCCUACCAAGGAGUUUGGCUUGCCUGGCUAUUGUCUGAAAUUCUAUAG